CCAAGGGGCUCGUAUUCUGAUUCAAAUUAGAGUUGCACCCUUGAAUGUUUCUCCCACGACUGCUCCGGUUGCCAGAGUGAGGAUACACACCUCGCACACAGACACGCUGAGAAGAGGGGAUGAGAGAGGGAGGAGUCGCCAUCCCCCCCCCCCACCCCCAUGACUGUGUUACGAUUGGUCGAGCGAGGGGGUGCGAGAGAGAGUGUGAUGGAGAGAGACUGGGUGAGCGCGCGCUGAUGAGCUGGAGUAUGGACGGCCAGCGAGACGAUGCGCAAGUUUAGCCGGAGAAGACAGUGAAAGUACAAGAAGCUCCCAACACGAGAAGAGCAUGUGAGCCUGAGAUCAUCACACCGGCGACUCAGAAGACUGACACACGGUGGGGGGGGGCGUGCGGGGGACAAAAAGACAGAAGAAGAAGGAGGAAGAGGAGGACGAUCUGCGGAAGACCGAAGAUAUUCUGUUGGCGGCUUUCCUCUGGUUUUGCCCUCCCGCACUCUUUAUCAUGAUCCCUCGGGUCCUUCUGGUCCUGUGGAUCUUCGGACACGGUGGGAAGUCCAUGUUUUCUCAGCAGCCACAGGACUUGGUCGUGGUGGCUGGCCAACCUGUGACAUUACCAUGUUCCAUCCCUGGUUACCAUGGCGUUGUCCUGUGGAUCAAAGAUGGCCUGGCACUCGGGGUAGGGAGGGACCUCUCAGGCUAUCCCCGUUACACAGUGAUUGGCGACCACGGCUCCGGGGAACAUCAUUUGCGAAUCCAGCGUGUGGAGCUGAUGGAUGAUGCCGUGUUUGAGUGUCAGGCUGUCCAAGCUGCCAUGAGAUCCCGUCCAGCCCGCCUCACUGUGCUCGUCCCACCGGAAGACCCCGUCAUCAGCGGAGGGCCAGUGGUGAGCCUGAGAGCCGGCGACCCUCUCAAUCUGACCUGCCAUGCUGAUAACGCCAAGCCAGCAGCCUCCAUCAUCUGGAUCCGCAACGGAGAGGUCCUCAACGGGGCCAUGCACUCCAAGACGUUGCUCCGCGAUGGGAGGAGAGAGACCACGGUGAGCACGCUCUACUUGUCGGCCUCCAACAUCGAGACUGGCCAACAGAUCAUUUGUAAGGCCUCAAACAAGGCAGUCCCCAAUGGCAAGGAGACCAGUGUCACAAUUGACAUCCAGCAUUUUCCUCUUGUCAAUCUCUCAGUGGAGCCUCAGCCAGUUCUUGAGGGAAACCUUGUGCGAUUUCACUGCUCUGCAAAGGCCAAUCCACCGGUCACGCUUUACAGGUGGGCCAAAGGAGGAAGUAUAAUCAAGGAGGUCUCCGGCGAUACAUACGAGGUGAUCGUGGACCACUCCUUCUUCACAGAGCCGGUUUCCUGUGCAGUCACAAACCAACUCGGCAGCACCAACGUUAGCCGUCAUGUCGACGUCUACUUCGGACCUCGCAUGGCAGCAGAACCUCAGUCCUUGCAGGUUGACCUUGGCUCCGAUGCCGUCUUCAACUGUGCCUGGACGGGAAAUCCGUCUCUUACCAUAGUGUGGAUGAAGAGGGGUUCUGGAGUGGUCCUGAGCAAUGAGAACCUUCUAACACUGAAAUCGGUGCGGCAGGAAGAUGCUGGGAAGUACGUUUGCCGUGCUGUUGUCCCAAGAGUUGGCGCGGGCGAGAAGGAAGUUGCUCUCACUGUCAAUGGGCCACCCACCAUUUCCAGCACUCAGACACAACAAGCCUUGCACGGGGAGAAAGGACAAAUCAAAUGUUUUAUUCGAAGUACUCCACCUCCAGACCGCAUUGCUUGGUCCUGGAAAGAGACGGUUUUGGAGUCCGGGACGUCUGGUCGCUACACCGUCGAGACGGUCACCACAGAGGAAGGCGUCAUCUCCACACUGACCAUGAGUAACAUUGUGCCCGCCGACUUCCAGACCAUUUACAACUGCACUGCAUGGAACAGCUUUGGCUCAGACACUGAGAUCAUACGCCUGAAGGAACAAGGUGGGAGCCAAGAAUCCCUCCCCGUGGCGGUGAUCAUCGGCAUCGCCGUGGGAGCUUUUGUGGCCCUCAUCGUCGUCAUGGGCACCAUCGGAGCAUUCUGUUGUGCCCGCUCCCAAAGAAAGGAAGCGCACCUGGUUAUGCCCUCACUGCCCGUCUCCAUCUGUGCUCACCAGAGAGAACUUGCAAGCAAAAUUAAAACAGAAAAUCUGAAAGGAGUCGUGUCUGCGAAAAACGACAUCCGGGUGGAGAUCGUACACAAGGACCACAACGCCGCGAGGGAAAACGAAGAGCACGCCUCCAUGAAACAACUGAUGGUGAGUGUGGAACGUGGCGAGUUCCAGCAGGAGUCUGCUCUGAAGCAGCUGGAGGUUCUGCAAGAGGAAGAGAAAGAGUAUCAGCACAUUAAGGACCCCACGAAUGGCUACUACAGCGUCAACACCUUCAAGGAGCACCCGACACCAACCGUGGCGGGGAACCAGUCCGCCGAUGGGAGGAAUCCGACAAACACGAGCACCCUGGGCAAGCAGCGGGUACCGACGGGCAUGUCCUUCACCAACAUCUACUCCACGCUGGGAGCGGGCCCCAAUCGUCUGUAUGACUACAGCCAACGCUUUGUGUUGGGCAUGGGCAGCAGCUCCAUUGAGCUGUGCGAGCGGGAGUUCCAACGUGGCUCGUUAAGCGAUUCCAGUUCGUUCAUCGACACGCAGUGCGACAGCAGCGUCAGCAGCUACAGCAAGCCGGACGGCUACGUGCAGUUUGACAAAGACAGCAAGGCGUCGGCUUCAUCGUCGUCCCACUACUCCCAGUCCUCAUCGCAGAACUCGGACCUUACCCGGCCCCUCCAGAAGCGCAUGCAGACCCAUGUCUGACGGUCAGGAUGGGCGGGAGUGCGUCGAAACAGGGUGCGAACCAGCCUUCGGUGUGAAACCGUGUGUUCUUGUGAAGGUGCAGAAGACGGCUGGCUUGAUCACGUGAAGACUUCCGAGAAAGACUUUUGUCCUCGAAUGUGGGUCAAGAAGCCUUAUACUGCCCUGUUGCUUCAUCACACAUUCUUUCUUGUCUUUGUUUUUUUUUCGUAAUCUUGAGUCGUGCCACAGGAGCUAUGUUUGCCAACACAGAGACAGUCCAAGAAUGGAGUUUGAACUGACAUACCACGUGGAAUUUUUCGGCUGAUUCAUGGAAAGUGAGACCGCAAGGCUUUGUUUAAAAGAUUGCUCCGUUUUCAAAUAGAGUGUUUAAAGAUUGUCAUUCUUUAAAAAAAAAAAAAGGUAUCAUUCAUACCGGUGUUGGAGAGAAAGAGUAGAAGCGGGAGCCGCUUUCCCGCUGCUCUUUCAAGUACUGCAGUUUCAAGCACAAUUACUGCAAUGUGCACGAGGUUUCUUUUCGGUGUUGCAGUACACCCAUCACCGGCCCCCUACCUCGGGAUGUUGCUACUUCUCUCCUGCCAAGGUGGAGCAAAACUUGCCUUUCUCCACAUGCCCGCAGAUACGUUUCGAGGAAGCGUUUUAUUUGGGCCACAGAGGCGGAAGAUAAAGAAGGGCUGAGGAGCACCUUUUCAAUCAAACUCAAGUCUUGAUUUUUACAUUGGCGCUCUGAUGAAAGAUGAUCAGUGUACAUAUUGUAUAUGACUGUAAAUUAUUUUCUGGAUCUGAAAGAGACAACAAUAUUUCUCAUUGUCCCCCCAAAAAACGUAUAUCGACUUUGCCUUGAGGACUAUUUGAAGUGUUGUCAAAAGUGCUGAUGAAGAAAGAUAGGCUUAUUGUAUAUCAAGCUCUUCUGUAGAAGUGGCGUGGCGUUUUCUAUGGUGGAACCAAAACGCAGCCUGUAAACUAACUCGUGCUGCAUCAGAAAUUAUCAGCCAUACAUGUUGAACGAAAUGUAAACAUAUUGUCAAUAUUGAUUCUUAUUUUUGUGGUUAUCUUGCUGUGCGUAGUGAGUGUUACUGACGGAACAGGAACCGGACGCUAAGAUACGACUGCCUAUCAAGGGAGACGCGUUUUCCAAAGUCAUCUUUCUUGAGUUUACAUUUAGGGAAUCUUUUUUUUUUUUUACCUCCACUAACAUGGUUAUUUUCACCGACCUAGCUACCCGACUUUGAUUUUUAAUAUGUAUUUUAUGUCAUUUUAUUGUCGAAAUAAAAUCAAUAAAUAGGCUGAUUUGUGCAAAUUGCAAAGUGAAAUCUAAAAAUCUAACUUUUAACUGAAAAAGUGCUACAAUUGUGUUGGUUAUCGUGAAAUGUCUAAGUCACUGCAAUAUGUAAUAUACACGACUCACAAAAAACAUUUGGCUUUCAGGUGAAAUGUAUGGAAAAAAGUUCAUAUCAUGAAAGUAGGACAUUGAAGUAGAAGGAUGCACUGGUUAAUUUCCUCACCUCAAGUAAUUCACUGCGACAAAACUUAACAGUAAUGGGGAGUACGCCCCAACCAAAAAAUGUCAACGUCUCCAGAAUUCGUCAUGUGCCCUUGAGCAUGUCGACUUAUUGUCUGCUGAAGCAUAGCAUCCCAUUCUCCUCGAACGGCAGCCCUCAGGGCAUUGAGGUUCUGGAGUGCAGAGUUUAGAGCUUCUACACGGCGACUCAGAUGAUCCCACAGGUUUUCAAUAGGAAUCAGAUCUGGAGAAAGAGUAGACCAAUCUAUUUGAGGGACACCGCUCUUCAACAGCCGCUCCCUGACGAUGUGACCUUUUAUGAGCUGGAGCGUUGCCGUCAAUCAAGAUGAAAUUAGGCCCGUGUUGUUCGUGUAGGAGCACAAUUACUGGAUUCAUAAUGUUAUUCAAGUAGUAUGGGUUUGUCACUGUACCUUUCAAAAAGUGCUGGGUGGUUCUGUACCGUCUGGACACACCUGCCCGGAGCAGUCUCCUUGACGUCUACAACAUUGUUAGCAGCCGUCAUUUCUGCUCAAUGUGAAUCGACUUUCAUCAGAGAAUAGCACUGAGGUCCACUGGUCCCUCGUCGUUUGUCCCUGCUCCCCGACCCAAGUAAGACGAUGACGCCUGUGCCCGGUGUUGUGGUCAGGUACCCUUGCAGGUCAUCUAGUAUGCAGGCCACAAAGCACACAAACCACUACAACAACUUGUAAUAUUAAGCCCUUCUUUUUGAACUUUUUUUGUCUUGUUUUGGGGGUUUAUCCCAAAAGAACAACAGUCAAAAAAUAAAAAAAAUUAAAAAAAAUGUAGUGCAAGGGCAUUCUGCUGAGUUAAGGCUUACCAAACUUAAGCUAAAAAAAACGGGCAACAUUUUGUUAUUCAAAAAUACAUAUUGAAAAAAAAAGAGAAAACUCCAAAACUUUAGAUUUGCCGAAAGCAAGUUUUUUUUUUUAUUAUUAUUAUUGUUCAUUCUGACUGGGCUUUAUUUAUUUAUCUGCUUGUUUUUCAUAGGCAGGAAAAAAAAUGGCCUAAAAUGUGCCGGUCUUGCCUGAGUUUCCCUCAGGCAUUCUUUCCCAGAGGGCCUUGCAUUACUCAGUCUGAAUGAAGAUGCAGUGCUGCGUCAUGGCAAUCUUAAUGUUACCGCACGGUUGCAUUAUGCCUUCAUUUUCGGAAUAAAUUUGGCGGGGAAUUUUCUCAUAUUGCCGCGCACAUAAAAACAACACAUACGUAUACAGUAACCCAGUUGUCUUUGUCAAUGGGGCUUCUGUAACGACCCCAAACCCCCCCACCCCACCACCACCCGUGGCAAACAAAGCAUUUUCCUGGUUGAAAGAACAGGCUGAGUGCACAGCAAAGUGAUAAAUAUUUGAUAGGCCAACCAUCUGUCCCAAUUCCAACGUCCCAUGGCCACAGACACACUGGCCUUGAAUGCACCACUAAGAGAGUCCAUGCGUCCCGUUCACCUGUAGACGCCUCGCUGGCUGCUGCUUUGUGUUUGUCUGACAUCUCAGCAGCGCGCAGAUAUGAGGGCAUAACAGAUGAAUAAACACAAAGACCCAGAACACUUACAAGGGAGUGGGAGGGGCUGGGGGGGCUGCCCUGUUCCAAUGGGAGAAACAAGAGCAAAGUGAUUUAUUUUUCAAGAGAUGCCAAAGUUGAGCUUGAGCCUGUGCUAGACUGCACAAAACUGCAUGGGAAGCCUUCCAAAAAGAGACAAAGCCACCGGUUACUUGUUUACUGCCUCAAAUGUGUUUCUAGGUGUUGAGCAAAGUCCGUAAAGGAGCAUCAGUCCAUCAGCCUGCCAAUUUGUAUGUACAAUGCUUUCCGUGGUGGAAGACAUAAAGGAAAAGUGCCAUUUGAAAUGUAGAGCUUGUCAUCAUAAUUACUUAGUGUGUAAUUGCUUUUUGCAAUUUCUAUUUCACUCUCAGUACAUUUUUCAUUGGUUUAAAAAAAAACAAAAAAAAAUGUGUGUACAAGAACGAAAAUACGUGGAGCCAACAUGGUUUUGGACAGGCCCAGCAGGGAUGACCAUGGUUCAGUAUACAGGGCAGCAUAUAAUCUACACGAGGUCACGGAACAACUGCAACAAAUUUGUAAUUCAGAUGAGAACAUUUCUUGUUCUGAAAGCAUCUUCAUUUGCAAACACUACGUGAACUUGGUUUGCGACGGUGAACCAGGGGAAUUGUGGAAAUGAAAAGUCAACAUGUAAAUUCGUUGGAUUUGUCUUCAGUCAGUGGGCCUGCCUGGAUGUAUGGAAUAGACGAGAGAGAAAAAAAAAAGUAUUUUAACUGUACUGGUCUGUAAAUCUAUGAUGCUUUUGCUCUGUAUAUUUGGGGAAUAAAGACGACGUUUCCAUUUA